AUGACAUUCCUGGAGAACACGAAGGAAUCGGGAAUAAAAUUUAUGAGGCAUACCUUCCAAGUCCUUCCGGGCGUAUGCAGAGUGCCUCCGGACGGCGAGUGGGGAGCCUUAAGGGACGGCGUGUGGACAGGAGCAGUAGGAGAGGUGGUGCGAGGGCACGCGGACGUGGCUGUGGCGGCGUUAGACCACACUUACGACAGGUCAAAAGUCGUUGAUUUUCCUUUUGGAAUAUCGCUGUACAGCUACGUCCUGGUGAUCAAACGGCCUUCCUCCCUAGACCACAUGUGGACUAACUACGUGCGCGAGUUCACCGCUGACGCCUGGGCGGUGGCCGUCGCUUCGCUGCUGUUGUCCGCCUCCUGUCUGGCUCUGGUGGGCUGUCUGUCGCCCUACGAGGAGGCCUUUUCCCCCGGUGACGCGGUGCUGACGACUGUGGCGUCCUUCUGCAACUCGGGCUACGUGAUCGACUUCAAGAGCACCUCAGGAAGGCUGGUGUUCACCUCGCUGUACGCCAUGACCAUCCUGCUGUACGCCCACUACAGCUCCUUCCUGUUUUCCUCGCUCACCGUGAAAAAGACCACGCCCCCUUUCACGAACCUCGCGGAGAUGUACAAGGCGGGCACGCACACGCUCGGCCUCGAGACCGGGGGCGCCCUCGAGGAUUACCUCAAGUAUUCCAAGGACGAGACGAUCCAGGCCGUGUGGCGAGACUUGGUCCGGUUCCGAGACCUCACCGUAAGCCAGAGUUUCGGCUUGGUGACCUCGGGCUCCCACGCCUUCCUGCUCUCCCGGCCCCAGUACCUGUCCAAGUACCAGAGUUGUGACCUCAAGAUGCUGCCUUCGCUCUACUUCUCGUCGCAGUCCUCGUGGCCGAUGCCCAAGAACUCGUCUCUGCUGCCCGUCUUCAGAUAUCACCUCCGGAACCUCGUCCACGCCGGCAUCUACCGGCGAUCCUUGAAGCACUGGCGGCCGCGCUCGCACUCCUGCGACAGCACCCUAGAGUUCCAGCCCAUGGGACCCCAGCAGGUGAUCACGGCGUUCAUGCUCCUGGGCUGCAUGCUCGGCCUGGCCCUCCUCGUGCUCGUGAGGGAGCAGCUGUGCCACGUCCUCUCCCAGGGAGCUCAUGGAGGAUAUGCAAAUCAGGCCAUAGACUCAUUAUAUGAGAAUGCAGUCUGA